CAGGAGAAAAAGUGAAACAGUUGUUUUGAGUCUUCUGGCAAUUUGUCUUUAUUUUCAUUGGUAUUGAAUGGAUAAGGGAUCCACACAGUUUCAUAGGAGAUGAAGUGAAACAAUAAAGGAGCUUCAAUUCAACUGGUAUAUUUGGAUUACUUUCCCACGAUUUCAUAGGAGAAAAAGGUGAAACAAGAAUGGAGCUUGAACUGGUAUCUUUGGAUCACUUCCACCAGCAUGAUUUGGUGUUCAGUGAAGAGCUAUUCAAUAACAGUGAUGAUGGGGAAACUUUAUGUAAUGUGUGUUUGGAACCAGCGAGGCUGUUGGGUGCUACCUACAAUUGCAUCGACUGCUAUUUCUUUCUCCACAAGACUUGUGCUGAGCUACCCACUGAAAUCAAGCAUCCCCUUCACGGCAAACAUAGUCUUGUGCUUCACCAAAAUUCACCAUAUCCUCACAUAUGUAGCUGUAAUUUUUGUGGCAUAUGGUCUGACGACUACGUCUACCGUUGUUCUCCUUGCGAUUACGACUUGCACCCCAAGUGUGCUCUGCUAGCGCGAUGCUUAAUUCAGCCGGACAGUCAAAAUCAUCGAUUCACAAGCUUGAUGAGGUCAGAUCCAUUUACUUGCAAUUUCUGUGGCGUCUAUACAUACCAGUGGGCGCCUACUAAAUUCGUCAUUCUUGAUCGCAGCCCUUCCUUAUGCACCGAGUGUCAUAUCGUUGUCCAUAGGAAAUGCAUCUCACUGUUACACUCACACACAAUCAAGAUACCACAACAUGAUCAUUCCCUCACCCACACUUACUUCAUUACUGAAAAUGAAUCAGUUGAUAGCAAGUGUAGAAUCUGUUCUGAUGAAGUGAACAGGGAAUUUGGAAGCUAUUGCUGUCAUGAAUGUCGAUUCGUUUGCCAUGUGAAUUGUGCACAAGCUAACAAAUUGGAUGACAGUUCAAAUUCAUUAGUCCCAGUAGACAAAUUAGAUGAGGAGCUGAUCUCUUGGCCUUGGAUUGAGGAUUUUAAGCAGGGAGAAGACAUGUUAGUCCAAGAGAUUGAUCAUUGUAGCCACAAGCAUAGGUUAACUCUGCAGGUAGACGUAGAUUGUGAGGUUAAGGAGAGUAGUACAUAUUGUGAUGGUUGCAUCCAACCCAUUUCUGCACCAUUCUACCGGUGUGAAAAAUGCAAUUUUAAUCUUCAUAAACUGUGCACUGAAUUGCCUCCCAAGAUAAAUCACCCAUUACACCAAGAACAUCCCCUUACCCUCUUUUUAAAUCCAGAUGGCGCUUACGAUUGUGAUGCUUGUUCAAGAUAUUGCCACGGAUUCAUGUAUAGUUGUGGCAUUUGCCCGAUUUCGGUCGAAUUCGAUGUAAGAUGUGCUUUGGUUAAUCCAUUCAAGUUCAACCAUGAUGGCCAUCAGCACCCACUCACUCUCACGAUCAAUUAUCCUACUAAUGCUGAUUGUGGUAAGUGUAGUGCCUGUGGUACCACCCGUUUCCGCUACUUCCUCCAAUGCAACUUGUGUCCCUUCAUCUUGGACUACAGAUGCGCCACCCUGCCUCAUACAGUCAAACACAAGUAUGAUGAUAAACAUCCUUUUGAGCUCACAUACCAGGCAAUCGAUGAUGGGUCCGAUGAGUAUUAUUGUGAUAUUUGUGAAGAAGAAAGAAAUCAACAUCAUUGGUAUUACUAUUGCGCCAAAUGUGACUAUGCUGCUCAUCCCGAAUGUGCUCUGGGUGUGGCACCUUUCAUUAAGGGAGGACGACUUUGGGGAAGAGACAGUUCCGUUCAUCGUCACGAUCUCUUUUUUGAACGAUGGGCGAAUUACGGGCCUCCUUGUAGUUCAUGUGGUAAGAGAUGCUAUGAUGUGUCACUUGAAUGUCACGAGUUGGACUGCAAUUUUAGGCUUCAUUGGCACUGUAUGUUUAAGAGCACCUCCAACAGAUACUCUAAAACCAUACGGAGCUGCAUAUAUAGAGCUUGCAGUACAGUUUUUGAUACAAAAUGACCAUCCAACAGAUACUGGAGUCAAUACUACAAAUCUGCAGAUGCUACAGUACAACGGUAGAACAAACACAAACGUUUCACUGAUCAAUACUGGAACAAUUUUAUAUUAAUUUUUCUCUCUUCCACUUAGAUUCUGUGUGUGUAUAUAAUUUAUGCGUGAUUUACCUGAUAAAGAUGAAGAUGCAAUGGAGAAAUGAAAAAUUUUGGAUAAAAAUGGGCGAAGAUAGAAAGUAG